AUGCCCUCGCAAUUCCAAGACCAGCCCAUCUUCCAAGAACACCGAUACGCCUUCACUGGCACGCCGCACAGCGCGUACUACCCGCCACCUCAACAUUCAUACCCCUUCAUGCAUGGUCCACCUAUACAAAUCUCCUGUUCGCAGCCCUCAUUUGUACCCACAGAGAACCUUUUCGCCGUCUCAGCAGCCUCACCCUUUAUCAUCACUCCUCAGUCGAUAUCGCCUGUUGGCUCAUAUGCGCCGGGACCCAUCGAGUCACAUAGCCUCUUGGGGGCCGAGAGUACGAUCACUGUGCAAACAAAGACAAACACCGAAUCAAGUGCAUCGCCAGGCCAGUCACCUCGACUUCUGGACCUUCUUCAGCCAGGAACAGAUCUCAGCGUACCACCAGAGGAGUAUUCCUCUUACGUGUCUCAGCAUGAGGCCUUCUACCAGCCUACAGGUUUGACACCACCAGCUUCAACGGAAGACGAUGAGAUCGAAGAACUAGCGCGCGGUGGUAAUGAGCAUUAUGUGAAUUGUGUCGCGCGGUUGCCAUCUCCCUCACCAUCAAGCUCCUCUGGCUCUUCUCCAAAUUCCCCCGACUUUAAAAUACCCGCCCAGAUACAGCUGCCCCUCACAUCAGCGGAAUCAAUUACACGACGCUACGACAGAGAUACUUGCGGCAUACUCUCAGUAAAAGAUGGGCCCACAGAGAACCCAUGGCGGACUCUUAUCUGGCCUCUCACCCGGGACUGCCCAGCACUCUAUCAUGCGAUCGCAUCCAUGACUUCUUUCCAUCAGUCCAAGGACACGCCUGUUUUGCGUAUCCAAGGAAUCGACCAUAUGCGAAGUGCAGUACAUGCACUAGCUGCUGGCCUUCAAAACAUGCGGGUUGAUGCAGCUAUCUCGACCACAUUGGUACUGGCUUUCGCCGAAUCAUGGGAUCAGCAUAUCAGCACAGGCAUCAAUCAUAUCAAAGGGGCUAAGAUCUUGAUCAACCAGGCGCUCAUGCAGCAUCGUCAGAUGCCCAAACAGGGUGAGGAAUGGACUCGGCUGAAGUUCCUAUGCAACACCUGGAUCUACAUGGAUGUUCUUGCCCGCCUGACGUCCGCCGACGACGACGAUGCUUACGAUGUAGACGCUAUACGAGAAAGCAUAUAUGCUACUGGAGAGACAGAAACUACACUUGACCCUUUGAUGGGUUGUGCGCACACACUUUUCCCAAUCAUCGGCCGGGUAGCGAACCUGGUCAGAAAAGUAAGGAGGUCUAACUGCAAUGGGCCCACUAUUAUAUCACAAGCAGUACAGUUGAAAUCUCAGCUCGAAGAAUGGAUUCCCCCAUCUUUCAUCGAAGAUCCUGAAGACGAGACGACGAGUCCACACGACACGAUCAAAACUGCACUCGCUUACCAAAAUGCCACAUUACUCUACCUCCACCAAGCCGUACCGGAGAUCCCAUCGGAACCCUCUAGUGUGCUCGCAAAGAGGGUGCUUUGUGACCUAGCAACCGUACAUCCGCGUUCUCGUUCAAUUAUUGUUCACAUUUACCCUCUCAUGGCCGCUGGCUGUGAGGCAACUGAGCCCGAUGAGCGAGAGUGGGUUACAGAGCGCUGGCGGCUGAUGUCUUCGAGAAUGAAGCUGGGAAUCAUAGAAAGGUGCUUGGAGGUUACGAAAGAGGUCUGGAGUCGACGAGACGCCCGCGCGUCGGAGCGUUCGUCGCUGCACAUGGGCGAUGUGCGCAGCCACAGUUUCUCGUCAGACAUUCCCUUGAAAUACGAAGACGGCACCUUCUCCAGUGACUUCAACAUCCACGGCGACUUUUAUUGCCAAGAGUUAUCGGACUGGAAAUCGUCGUUGCCUGUUGAUACUGGGACCCCGGAUCGGGUGGUCACAGUCAAAGAUCGUUUGCACUGGUUGAGUGUCAUGAAAGAAUGGCAAUGGGAGGUCCUUCUUGGAUGA